GGGGGGGGUGCUGCGGCCUCCAGGUCACCUGAGCGCGAUGGAUGAGGCGAAAAUGGAAAUCCCACCUCCUCCAACGUCUAAGUGCAUUAUUUACUGGAAAAGGAAAGUCAAGUCUGAAUAUAUGCGUCUUCGGCAACUCAAGAGGUUUCAGGCAAACAUGGGAGCGAAGGCUCUGUUUGUGGCCAAUUUUGCAAAGGUUCAAGAAAAAACUCAAAUUCUGAAUGAAGACUGGAAGCAGCUUCGAGUUCAGCCAGUCCCGCUAAUGAAGCCUGGCACUGGGCACCCUUUCCUGAAACAGUGUACCGUCGAGAGCAAUUUCCCUGGAUUCCCAAACCAGACCAUCUUCAUGAGGUCCCUAAACACAGUAGCGUUGGUGCCUAUUAUGUAUUCCUGGUCCCCUCUUCAGCAGAAUUUCAUGGUGGAGGAUGAGACUGUGCUGUGCAACAUCCCCUACAUGGGAGACGAGGUGAAGGAGGAAGACGAAACCUUCAUCGAAGAGCUAAUUAAUAACUACGACGGGAAAGUUCACGGCGAGGAAGAGAUGAUUACAGGGUCCGUCCUUAUCAGCGACGCUGUGUUCCUGGAGCUUGUUGACGCUCUGAAUCAGUACUCGGAUGAGGAAGAGGAAGGGCUUAAUGACUCCGAGGGUAAACAGGAGGAUGGGAAGGAGGAGCUGCCAGUCACAAGAAAAAGAAAGCGAACCACAAUGGAAGGCAACAAAAAGUGUGCAAAGAAGCAGUUCCCAAAUGACAUGAUCUUCAGUGCUAUUUCUUCAAUGUUUCCUGAGAAUGGCUUCCCGGAAGACAUGAAAGAGCGGUACAGGGAACUUACUGAACAGUCGGAUCCGAAUGUGCUGCCCCCCCAGUGCACUCCAAACAUUGAUGGGCCAUGUGCAAAGUCAGUCCAGCGGGAGCAGUCCCUGCACUCUUUCCAUACGCUCUUCUGCAGACGGUGCUUCAAAUAUGACUGUUUUCUGCAUCCUUUCCAUGCGACUCCUAAUGUCUAUAAACGGAAGAACAGAGAGAUCAAGAUCGAGCCAGAUCCCUGUGGGACAGACUGUUUCCUCUGGCUGGAGGGAGCCAAGGAGUUUGCAGUGCUGCACAAUCCCAGGUCCAGAUGCUCAGGUCGGCGGCGCCGUAGGCACCAUGUGGUCAGUGCUUCCAGCUCAAACCCCUCGUCCUCCUCCAUCGCUGAGACGAGAGAGGGAGACAGCGACAGAGACACAGGCAACGACUGGGCCUCGAGUUCCUCAGAGGCCAACUCCCGAAGCCAGACUCCCACCAAGCAGAAGGGCAGCCCUGCCUCCUCCCAGCUCUUUGUGAUGGAAGCGCCGCAGGAACCCGUCGAGUGGACGGGGGCCGAGGAGUCGCUCUUCCGCGUGCUCCACGGCACCUACUUCAACAACUUCUGCUCGAUAGCCAGGCUGCUGGGAACGAAAACCUGCAAGCAGGUCUUCCAGUUUGCGGUGAAAGAAUCCCUGAUAAUGAAACUGCCGACCAGCGAGCUCAUGAAUCCGUCCCAGAAGAAAAAAAGGAAGCACAGGCUGUGGGCUGCGCACUGCAGGAAGAUCCAGCUGAAGAAAGAUAAUUCACCUACCCAGGUGUACAACUACCAGCCCUGCGACCACCCCGACCACCCCUGCGACAGCUCCUGCCCCUGCAUCAUGACUCAGAAUUUCUGUGAAAAGUUCUGCCAGUGCAAUCCUGACUGUCAGAACCGCUUCCCGGGCUGCCGCUGUAAGACCCAGUGCAACACCAAGCAGUGUCCGUGCUACCUGGCCGUGCGGGAGUGCGACCCUGACCUGUGCCUGACCUGCGGGGCGUCGGAGCACUGGGAUUGCAAGGUGGUCUCCUGUAAGAACUGCAGCAUUCAGCGGGGCCUCAAAAAGCAUUUGCUGCUGGCUCCAUCAGAUGUCGCUGGCUGGGGGACAUUCAUCAAGGAAUCGGUGCAGAAGAAUGAAUUUAUCUCUGAAUAUUGUGGUGAGCUUAUUUCUCAGGACGAGGCUGACCGGCGGGGGAAGGUCUAUGACAAGUACAUGUCCAGUUUCCUCUUCAACCUCAACAACGAUUUCGUUGUUGAUGCCACCCGCAAAGGAAACAAAAUCCGCUUUGCCAACCACUCUGUGAACCCCAACUGCUAUGCCAAAGUGGUGAUGGUGAAUGGAGACCACCGGAUAGGAAUCUUUGCCAAGAGGGCCAUCCAGGCUGGGGAGGAGCUCUUCUUUGAUUACAGGUACAGCCAGGCCGAUGCCCUGAAGUACGUGGGCAUAGAAAGGGAGACGGAUAUCAUCUAGCCCCCCGCGGGCACGGCCCCUGCUCCUGGCUGCCCCAAUGCCGUGUUCAUUCCAUGCUCCAUCAUUGCUGCCCCUGUUCCCGUUGCUGUGUCCCGAGUGCUGUUCCAGCCAGGCGCUGGGAGCAAAGCCCAGGGCAGGAGCAGGAGCCAGACGCUGUCUGGGGUAGCAGGCCCCUGGCUCGGUUCCGGGGCAGGCGGGCGCUGGCGCUCCUGGGCUGGGCGGCUCCAGAGACUGAGGCCGUGGGACUGGAAGGAAGAGGCUUGGCCAAGCAACGCUCAGUCUGUUUGCAAACCUGCGUGAGCGACCAGCUGCAUCUGGAGCCAAGGGACCUUGGAGCGACCCCCCUGCAUGCGGGGAGCGGGUGCUUGAUGUUGUUCUGCUCAUGCCGCAGCCAUUGGAGGGAGCUUUUAUCCCUGGGGCAUCUGUGGCUACCUCUCGAUUUCCUUCCAUGCUGAAGUGCUGGGGCCUAGGCUGCUAGCACAUGGUCCGACCCCACGGAGGGUCAGUCCCGCCUCCCUGCAGCGUGGCUCCGGGGCCCCCGGGCGCUCCCGGCCGCCUGAUGAAAGGGGGGAGCCGCCCAGCACAGCGUGUGGAGGGGUCCCCGGGGCAAGGACUUACGCUGGUUACGCGAUACGAUGGUGCCAGGUGGAGCCGAGUGUGUGUCGGUCGUGGGGUUGCCUUAGGAGCCAGAGGAGCUGGUGGGAGGGGGCAGGAAACGCGAGGCCAGCUGGGGCGUGGGAGGCCCCAACUCCCACCAGCCAGGCUCUGUGGAACGCCAGGUAGAUGACACGUUUCUGCCUCUUGCCCUGGACGGGCCCUUGGAGCCUGGUGCGUCGCGCACCCCCUGCUCUGCAGAACUGGGGCGCCACAGGCCACGCGUGGCUCCAGAUCCCUGCGCCGGGGGCUAGUGGGGGGCAGCCUGGGCCCUUCCCAUGUCAAGCCUUCAGCCCGUAACAGGCGGGCGGCACUGCCAGGACGGCCCCUCGUGGCCACGGGCUCUUCUUGGCCCCUGGUGGUUUCUGUUCUGUCAGCCAGGUGAGUGGUGCCGCUGCUGGCACGCCACUGACGCAGACGCUUUAACCCGCAUCGCUGCAGGGCUGAGCAGUUCGCACUGCCCCCGGGGCUGGGACUCGGGCUCUCCACUCCCCAUCCUGCCAGAGCCAGGCAGCGCUGCGAACGCUGGGCACUGAACUACCAGGCACUGCUCCACACUGACCAGUGAGUGGGGCUGGGGCCUCUCUGGGGCUGCAGAGUGGGGCUGGAAGUAUGGGUCUCCCCCGGGAGACCAGAGAGCUGCUGGCCUGCAGAUAGCACAGAGCUUUCUGCUUGCCCAGCGCUGGGCUGGGUGCUCCAGCGUGUCACAGUGGAGCCGGCAGGUUCCCCUGGGCUGGGCUGCCCCGACAGUACCCGUUAGGCACUUUACGAGCCCCGCUUGGCUCCCCGCUCCGGCCUGGAGCUUCUGCCGUUGCACAGAACUCUUCUCGGGGUGGCAUUUGGAGCAGCGAGAGCUUUGCCUGCUGUGAAUACGUUGCUGGCGCUGCUGUGGCCGGUGACCGCCAGGCCCCCUCCCAGCAGUGCAGACCAGAGGGGCAGGCUCCCCAGAGGUGGAGAGCAGGGCAGGGUCUGCUCUCAGCACCCCAUGCAAAGAAAUCAAGUGAGCACUUUAAACUAAGCCUCCCACCCAGCCAAGGGGCUGGGACCGGGCGGCUCUGGGUUUGAGGACACCGCUGCCAGCGCAAGGUACCAUCCUUCAGUGGGGCAUGUUCCCCCUCCCUCCCUCCCCAAGCCCAGCUGGUGCUGGGGAGGGGGUCAGUUCAGACAGCAGGGUCGUGUCCCGGAACAGGAAUGGAAGCAAGGGCUGGCUUGUGCGGGGGCUGGGGAGACAGGAGGAGAGCCAGGCAUCUGUUCCUGCUGCUGGCAGCCGAGCGGGGCCCAAGGCCCCUCCUGCCCAUGCUGCUUUCCCCCUAGGGUGGCCAGGCCCAUCACCCUCCCGGGGGCUGGCAGGGGUGUGCGCCUGGGCCCCCUUGUCUGACUGAGCGACCCACCCCUCCCCGGCCCCAUACCGCCCACCUAGCUAGUGACUUGCCCCUGCCCGUGGCUGUCUGCGCAGUGAGGCUUUGUGUCUGUGGUCUGCUGCCCGUGAAUGAUAUGCACUUUAAAACUGAUGUGGCUUGUAAUCUUUGUCCUAAUAAAGUGGUAGUGAAUGUCC